AUGUCUGUCAACAAGGUCAGGAAGGCAUCUGGAAGACAGGGCCAAGAACAUCCGAGGCUUGUUGCCUCCAAUUCGAAUCUCCGGACUCCAAAUUCAACACCAAACAGAAGAUUAUCAUAUCGAACAACACAAACUCAAUCUUCAGUCAAACCUAGUGGUGUGACCAAGAAUCAAAACUAUCACUGGUCCCAGCCAAGACACUGUCAUCCGGCGAGAGCAUAUUCGUGGGACGAAUUCGUCGAAGAGGCGCUCCGUAAUCACGAAACCGAUUCAGGCCGUGAUUACGACAGCUCAAGCAGCGGCUCUGGCUCACAGUCUGAUACCGAAGACGAAGACACAACCCAUGAACAUUUCGACCACGACAUACGUUUAGAUUACCAAUGCAUCCGCACUGAUUUGAUACAAGCGACUUUACCCCAGAUCAGGGAGCGCAUGCAGCAGACACGAUAUGUAGCGCCUCCAGACGACAGGCUACCCCCCCGGAGCCGGUACAGCUCAUCAGAUUCCAGGUCCCAAAUGUUCUAUGAGCAAAUGGAAGAUCCAAAGGAUCCAAAUACUAUCCUGGUUAGGAAGGCAGAUGGAUAUUACCACUUGGCCUGCCCGUUCUACAUCUCGGAUCCUACGAGACAUAGAAAAUGUCUGGUAGAGCAUGAUAUGCAGUCCAUUGAGGAUGUAAUCAAGCAUGUAAAUCGGUUCCAUGCGGAGCCGCCAUAUUGCCCACGCUGCCGUCAGACAUUUUCUCGAGCAAUGGAUAGAGACCGGCAUUUUCUUACCCAAACGUGCGAGAUCCGGAAUUGGGUUCAUGUUGAGGGCGUGAAUAGCUUCCAGAGAACCAAGUUAUGGAAACGUGAUAAGAUUAUACUCGGUGAGAGAAAGCGUUGGCUUCGUAUCUGGGAGACUGCCUUCCCUGACACCGAACGCCCUGCCCGCUCUCACUAUCUCAGUGGCGAACACGAGGUUAAGCUAUCAAUUGCGCGGGAUUACUGGGGAUAUAAUGGUAAGAAGAUAGUUUCCAAGUUUCUGAGUCAGAAUGGGUACGACAGGCCGCUAUCCGAGCCGGCUCUGAGCGCCAUUUGUAGGUGGGCAUUGGAAGAUAUCCUACUUCAGUUGGCGGGGGUCGACGAACUCACUACGGCGACAAGUUAG